AUGGGACAAGAGAUCAUACGAACCACUGCUUUUGAUCUGGCCCUCGAGAAGCCCUACCUCAUGCACGCAGUGAAUGGUGUCUCGGCUGCACACCUGUGUCAUCUUCUUCCGGCUGCUCGACAUCCGGCCCAACAUAACCAGAACCAGCUGACGAACUUCUACCACUUUCAGAGGGCAUUGCAACUCUUCCGCGAUGAGCUGGCGACCGGCGUCACCAAGGCCAACAUGAAUGCCCUGCUAUCGACGGUGAUGCUGAUUUGCGUCCAUCAAUUCAUGCUCCCCCAAUCUCAACCGGGUCCUGGAACGAGUUUCGUGUACGCUCCAGCGGAGCAUCGAAGUGAGUGUCUGAGAUGGUUGACGAUUCAGCAUGGGUUUAAUGCUCUGUAUGCUGAGCUGGGUGAAGUGAUUUGGGCAUCUGUGUGGAAUCCGGUUUUCACGGACUCGGAUAUCAAGGAACUCGCGUCUACAAUCAUGACUGCAGAGGCUGGCGACGAUAUUCAUGCCUUGUUUCUGGAGCUGUGCGAGGUUACCCCGGACUCGUCGUCUCAGAACAACCCUUAUUACGAGGCGUUGGAGCAUCUACUCUUCAUACGAAGACUCAAGCCGGGGAUGAACACCUUUAACAAGCUGGUCACAUUCGUCGGGUCGGUGGAAGGAGACUUUCUUCAACUGUUGCUUUGCAGAGACAAGCGAGCACUGUUGAUCCUGGCCCAUUGGUUGGCAUUGAUGAUUGGGCUCGAUCAGUGGUGGAGCAGUGCAAGAUGUAAGAAUGAAUGCGUCGCCAUCACGACAUUCUUGAUGCACGAUCAGGAUGAAAGGGUUAGAGCCUUGCUACGAUUUCCUGCUCAGCUUGUGGGAAUUGAUCUGAUGGCGAUCGGGCCGUUGGACGGACACAGCAUCAUAAGCUCGUGA